AUGACUUCGUCUGGACUGUUCUACUGGGCCACCGCGUUACUUUGUGUAGUCGUUGCCGCGCUAGCUAGCGAUAUCAUGGGUUUCUUCUCCAGCGCCAACCACUUCGAUGUGAAAGGAGGCACUGUGAUGGUCACGGGCGGGUCGCAAGGUAUGGGCAAAGCAGUCGGGAGACUCUUGGCAUCCAAAGGUGCGAAUGUUGUCAUCGUAGCACGCAAUCAGCAGAAACUUGACGAGGCAUUGAAGUACAUCUCAAGUGCAGCCGCGCGACCGUCCCAAAGGUUCCUUGCCAUAAGCGCAGAUGUCACCAGCGCAGAAGAGAACAUUCGCAUCAUCAACGAGGUCACCGAGUGGAAUGCCGGAAGUCCGCCAGAUGUUGUCUGGGCGAAUGCGGGCUUUGCGCGCCCUGCACUGUUCAUCGAAACUUCGAUAGAAGACCUUCGAAGCCAAAUUGACAUCAAUUACCUUGCGGCCUGUUACCUCGCUCAUGCAACCCUCAAAUCAUGGCUCCGACCUGCCAAAUCGAUUUCUGUAUCCACGGCUGGACAGUCUCAAGCCGCUAGGCCCCGACAUUUCAUCAUGACCUCCUCCACGGCCUGCUUUGUUGGUGUGGCAGGCUACGCGCCAUACUCGCCUGCGAAGGCUGCACUACGCUCCUUGGCAGAUACGCUCCGAAGUGAGGUGAAUCUGUACAACGGCUAUCGCCGCGCGCAUCCGGACACUGGACCUCGAGCAGAUGUGAACAUCCAUUGUGUACUACCAGGCGGGAUCCAAACACCCGGAAAUGAAAACGAGAACUUGACCAAGCAUCCAGUCACUCACCUACUGGAAGAAGGCGACCCAGCUCAAACGGAGGACCGAGUCGCUGCUGUUGCCGUCAAGAGCCUGGAGAAAGGCGGCUACCUGAUCACGACGCAGUGGCUUGGUCAUGCUAUGCGUGCCGGAGCGUUGAGUGGCAGUCCGAGGAACAACAGAUUCAUCGAUACUGUUUUUGCCUGGGCGGUCAAUGUCGCUUGGUUGCUCAUUGGGCCAGAUAUGGAAAGCACCGUCUACAAGUAUGGCAAGACGCAUGGAGUAGAUUUACCAGCUUGA